UCCACUACAAAAAGUACAAGAAACAACAAAACACUCGGGCAUUAUUAUAUACGAGCACCGAAUGAACCAGUCAGGCGGUGCCCAUUGUCGUGGCCGGAAAGCUUUGACUUACCGGCACCGGAAUUACGAACCUCCGCAGAGUCCAUUUAUUCACUGGAAGUUUGACAACGAAAAAACCACUGGCGUCGUCCGGGCCUCGGCUCGGAAGCUCGCCGCGGGGCUGUGGCAAUUACGCUUUAGCGAAAUCUCAUGGGAUCAGAAGAUCAAAUUCGAUGCUUGCCCUUCUGAUCCUUCUCCUCCUCAGCCUCAGGUUGAAUCGUCUUUGGCAUAUACCAAAUGUGCAUCGGAGAAGGCAACAAAGUGGGAUCAUGGCUGCUCAGGAGAAUCUGAUGACAUCUAUCAGUUUUACAGCCAUAUGAAACUUCUCGAAGAUUGUCAAGUUACUACUCGUUCUAUGGCACCGACUUUGAAUGCAGAACUAGCAGAGGCUAGAUUAUGCAUUCGUGAGCUUCAAGCUAAGCGACAGUCAUUUAAGAUGAAGGUCAAACACAUUUUGAGGAAGCUUGAAGAGGAAAGAAUCUCUUGGCAAACCAGAGCUCACUGGAACAAUCAUGCUAUUAAAGACCUGAGGGAAGAAUUAGGAAGGGAAAGGAAACAUCGUCAGCAGAUGGAAAAUGUUAACACCAAUCUGGUAGAUCAGUUAGCUGGUGUCAAAGUGUCUGCAGAGCAGUUAUUGAAAAAAUACGAGGAAGAGAAGAAAAACAGAAAAUUCAUGGAAGAAGUUUCUGGUGAACUAGCUGCACAAAUUGGAGAAGACAAGGCCGAAGCCAAGGCAUUGAAGAGAGAAUCGAUUAGAAUUCUUGAAGAAGCUGAGGAAGAGAGGAAAACGUUUCAUCUAGCAGCGGUUUGGCGUGAAGAGCGGGUCCAGAUGAAGCUGAUCGAUGCAAAACUAGCUCUUGAAGAUAAAUAUUGUCAGCUGAACAAGCUGAUAACAGAUGUCGAAACUUUCUUAAGGUCAAAGUUUGGAACCCUGGAUAUGGCGGAGUUGAGAAAAGCUGAGUUGAUCCUACAGGAAGUUAAGUCAUUGAAUGUUGACACUGAGGAAUUUUCUUACCUUCCUCCAAACUCAGAUGAAAUAUACUCGCAUUGCAAAGAUCUCCAACAAUUUGAAGGAAAUGAUAGGGAGAUUGAACCAUGCGUUUGUCGCAGUCCAUCUAGCCAUAAUUCCACUGUCCAUCCCAUGAAUCCGGAGGAUAAUGGGUUCAACAAAACUUAUUUUCCAAUGCAGUUGAAUUGCUUUAGUGAUUAUGACAGUUGUUAUGGAAAUGCGGGUUUGGAUAACAUGAGUCGUGCCGAGGAUCAUCAUGAGGGUUCUUGUGAUUCAUUGUUAGCACGCAAUACCUCCGUUAACAAAGUUGGCCAGGCCAAAAAUGUAUCGAGGAGAAGUGAACAUAACACCAAUGUUGGUCAAUAUUCUCCAGAUAGGGAAAUCAGUGAGGUGUGCUCACCAUCGGAGAAGCAAUCAAAGAAAAAGGCAUCUCCUACAUCUAUGAUAUCAUGUCCAAGCAAUGGUGAGUUUCAUAAGAUAGUUUUGGAUGAGGGUGAAAGGAGGCUUUCGAAUGGGAUUACUUCACGUCAGGGAACAAAGGCAUAUCGAGGUUUGUUUCAACAACGAAUUGAACAAUGGAUCCCAACAGACAUAGCGAAUCCACACAUAACUCGAGGAAAGAGAGGGUCCAUUGAAUGGCCGCGAACCGUCCAAAGGAAUUGUUCAAAGGCCAAGCUUUUGGAAGCAAAAAUAGAAAGCCAGAAAUCUCAGUUGCGCCAUAUUCUUAAACAGAAGAUUAAGUGAAUUCGGUGUUCGGUGCUCGAAAUUUUGUUCAAGUUCCAUUCGAACUAUGUGGCUGAUGCACUGCAUAUUCCUCCACUUUAAGGUACUGCACAUCAUCUGCCAUGCCAUAUAUCUUUUGAGUAGCAGAGUGAGUGUUGGGGGAAUCUCUAAACUUUAAACAGCCAAAAUACCUGCUUUUGGAACCCAUAGAUCGAAAUACUAAUGAAAGUAUGUAGCUUAUAGAACAGUACACAACUUGUUUUCCUUUCAUCACAAUGAAUGUAUGUUAUUUUUGCCAAAAAUGCAAGAGAAGAAUGUAUUUAAGCUCAUCAAUCAUUUAUAUUAUCUAAA